AUGGACGCCAACGAAGAACUAGGCUUAGAGGAAGAAGUCGGGCUAGGUCUAGGCCUAGUAGUAGAAGUCCGAAGAAAGGAACGCCUAUUCAGGGACAGAUGUAAUCCUUUUGACUGUCCAGAGGAUACAUUCAGGCAGUUGUACAGACUACCAAAAUUGUCUGUAUUGGACAUAUGCCAUGAAAUCGGUCCAUUUUUAAGACGGCAAACAAAACGAUCACAAGCCGUUCAAGUCCCCUUGCAAAUUUGCAUCACAUUGAACUUUUUCGCAAGUGGGACCUUCCAGUAUGUGCUCGGGCAGAGUUUUGGGCUGUCGCAGCCAACCGUUAGUCAGGUUAUUAAACAUGUUACCAGAUCAAUUAUCCGUUCCAUGAACAGACAUAUCACUUUCCCAAUGGAUCGGGAAAGUCAAAUACUAAUACAACAACAAUUUUUCAGGAAGUUCCAAUUUCCACGUAUCAUUGGGGCCAUAGACGGCACCCAUGUAGCAAUAAAGGCCCCAUCUGUUGACGAGCAUGUAUACGUGAACAGAAAAUCAUACCAUUCAAUAAACGUUCAAGCCAUAUGUGACAGCAACUUGAAAUUCCUAGAUGUUGUUGCAAAAUAUCCAGGCAGUUGCCACGACUCUUUCAUUCUCUCUAACUCCACAAUCGGCCAACGCUUCCAAGAUGGUCUAAUCCCCAACGGCCUCCUGAUAGGUGACAGUGGAUAUCCUUUACGUGAAUGGUUGAUGGUGCCUAUAAACAACCCUACUACAGAAGAUGAACGCAACUACAAUGAUAUGCAUGCAAGUGCAAGAAAUGUUAUCAAACACUGUUUUGGAGUAAUGAAGAGUCGCUUCCGCUGUAUUCAUCGCUCUGGUGGUAAUUUACAGUACUCACCAAAACGAUGUUGUGAAAUUAUCAUGGCUGUUGCUAUAUUACACAACAUGACCAUCCACAUUCCAUUACUACCAGAAGAGGAGAUAGAAAUCGAUUUGGUUGAGGAUGAUGCCAGACAACCUCAACAUGUUGCAGGUGCCAAUGCAGCACGCCAAGAACUAAUACGACAACUGGCACAAUAAAGAAUUUAUUCAUUGAACAGAUUUUGAAAUGGAUCAAGAAUAAAUAAUAUACAAAUCUUAAAACAUAAAUUCAAAAAUAAAUUAAAUUAAUUGGAUUUUAAACUUCAAUCAAUAUGAUUCAAGAAUCUUAGUGUCAUUUUGGAAAAUCAGUUAAACCAUAAAAUUACAAAAAAAUUUAUUAGCACUCAUUCCAGUGAGCAUGGAAGGUCUAUCAAACAUUUUUUUUUUGAGGUCACAACUUUUGUACAGCAGUAUAUACACUGUAUUCAUUCCCUGGGUGGCGUUUAUUUUUGGGGGGGUUUAAAAUUGAUACAAUAAAUAACUUUUAAAAAUUAUUAAAAUUGUGGAGUCAUGAAGAACAGCUUCCGAUGCAUACAUUGCAAUGGAGAAAGUAAAGAGAUAAUGCGACUAUUGACUCAGCGAAGAACCUAUAUAAUUGUUUCACUAAUAGUUAAAAAAAAACAUUUAUUGUCAUGUCAGAGUUAUACAAUGGCUUAAUUACUGAAUGUAUUUUGGAUGUUCACAAUAUAAACAACAUUAAAUAAGUUCUUCAGUGGAUCAAUAUUUCUUUUCAAUAGAAAGAAUCAAUCAAUACUAUCUUCUCACAAUUCAAUAAAAUUUAUUAAUAUAAGUCCAAUUCAACUCCCAAUAUACUGUAUAAUAUUAUCCAUCUAUUUGUUAAUAUUUUUAAAUAAUAUACAUAUUUAGGCAAGACUUUUUAUACCUCGUUUUGAAUUUACAAUAAAAGGGUGGGAAAAUUAAUCGAUAUAAAUAUUAACUAAAUUAACAAUUGCAUUGCACAAUAAAUCAUCAUCAAUAUAAAUAAUUUUAAUGGAGUUUGGAUUGCACUUUGAUAAAUCAUCAUUAAUAUUUAAUAAUUUAUGAUCAAUACUUAAUCAUUUCCUUUGAGUUGUCAAUCAAUUUUGAUUUAUAUUAUACUUUAUUAAGAAUAUUAACUAUUUUGCAUCG